UUUACUUUUGGUCCCUCAAUUUUUAAGCCACAUCCAAAAAUUUAUAGAAAGACUUUUCUAAAUUAUGAGCACUCGCGAUUAUUUGCGUGGGUCCAGACCCUCGGCCUUCUACGUGCACUUCGAGGAUCCUGUGCGGGAGGAUCUGCCCAGCGGUCUGCACCGCAAGCCCCGCCCUUCCGCGCCACGCCCCCAGGGGCAGCGGAUGGAGGCGGCGGCGGAGCGUCGCAGCUGGCUGGGUGAGCAAAAGGUGGAGCAGCUGUCCGUCCGUUUGGCGCGAGUGGCGCUGAUCACCGACCGCCACCACCGACGGUCCACGCAGAGUUGGCUGGAUGCCCGGGAUCGCAUCACUCGCGACAUGGACGAGCAUGUGCGGAAGAGGACGGCCCUGAUCUCGAAGCGUCUGAGGAACCUCUCCCACCACAACCAGGAGGUUCGGGCUCGCCGGGAUGAGGCCAAGCAGGACAAGCUCCUCCGCAAGCUGACCCAUCUCUACGAGGCCAAGAAUGCGAGCACAAUUUCCCAGUUUUGGGGCAAGCAGAAAUAACUUACUAACAAAUUGGUGAUCCUAUCACUGUGGCAAAAACAAAAAAAAAUUAAAUCGGAACAAAUUGGGCUCCUUAAAAA